ACGCUCGGCGCGUUCACACGUCGCUUGUAUCGACGCAGCGUCAUAUUCCGCGAGUUUUGUGCACCAAAAGUUCGAUAAUUGUAUGACAGUCGACUGUUUUAAGUUUCGAGAAACUUAACCCCAGUGACAAAGUGUAUAUAAUGUGGUUUGAAACAAAACGACUUAAGUGAGUGCGUGUGAUAGUGUUUAGAUAAAUUUUACAUCAAUUGGUAUCCACAUGUCGUUCAACUUUAAAUAAAUCGUAAAGAUGGAGAGCCGCGUGGGUCUGGACUACAUCGUAGAGCAUGCGGAGUACGCCGGCAAGCUUGCCGCGGCUCUCACCUCGCCAGCAGCACCUGUCAAGAAGCAGGUGUUCGAGUUGCUAUCAGCACUAUGCGUGUACAACGCGGAUGGGUACGCGCGGGCGGUCGACACCCUCGACCGAUACAAGACGCUGAAAGGCGAGCGGUACCGACUGACCGUGGUGGUGGAAGAGCUCAAGAAUGCCACCACCACCGACUACAAGACCGCGUUGAUGGCCUUCAUCAACUGCCUCAUCAUAUCCGCUCCUCGGUUGCCAGAUAGGAUCAAAGUUAGGAAUGAAUUUAUUGGACUGGGCCUUCUACCCACACUCAAUAGUUUAAGACACGAAGCAGCCAGUCAUCAGGACUUGGGAGUCCAGCUAGACGUGUUCGAGGAGCAGAGGGAGAGCGACGAGGCGCAGGGUCCUGGAGGAAUCAAUCUCAAUUCACAUCUCGAUGUGUUCUACGCCAUACUUAAACAAGUAGCAGAUACGCCUCAAGAAAUCCCAUUCCUCAGUAUAUUGCAGCAUCUACUUCGAAUAGACCCUAAGGAACCCGUGAGCGAUAUAGUUUGGGACACAGCGGAGACACUAGUCCACAGAGCCACACUGCUGGAGUCCAGGGAAGAUGCUGCUAAACUCCUCAGAGCUCCCAGUGUUCAGGCCAAGGUCGGCUGCACGUGUCAACAUAGAGACACAUCAGCUGGCGGCAGGAAACAGAGCUUACAGCGAGCCUUGUCGCCGCCGCCACCACCUCCCGCACCAGCGCCUCCAUGUAUACCACCGCCUCCAGCUCCGAUGCUGCCACCGCCUCCGCCGUUUGGGCCUCCUCCCCCGCCCGUCCCACCUCCCCUGUCCGUACCCUCACCUCCAGUGCCACCAGCGCCGGUUAUGGACGUCAAACUACCGCAGCAGGAGACGCCGAUACCCAAGACCAAGAUGAAGACUAUCAAUUGGAACAAGAUACCGAAUAAUAAAGUAAUAGGCCAAAAUAACAUAUGGUCGAUAGUAGCGUCAAGUCACAAAAACACAGCGAAGGCGGAGUUGGACUGGAACGAGAUAGAAGAUCUAUUCUGCCAACAGAUACAGCCUCCUGGAUCCGCGGGCUCGUCUCCUCGUCUCGGCAGGAGUCCAAUCUGCGACAGCUCCGGGGAGAGGAAGCCCAGGAAGGAGUCAUCGGAGAUCACACUCCUCGACGGCAAGAGGAGCUUGAAUGUCAACAUUUUCUUGAAGCAGUUCCGAAGUUCCAACGAUGACAUAAUCCAGUUAAUUCGCGAGGGAGCGCAUGACGAAAUCGGCACUGAGAAGCUGCGCGGUCUGCUCAAGAUCCUGCCUGAGAUCGACGAGUGUGAAAUGUUGAAGGCUUUCUCUGGUGACGUCACCAAGCUGGGCAACGCUGAGAAGUUCCUUCUGCAGUUGAUCCAGCUUCCAAAUUAUAAACUACGCAUUGAGUGCAUGCUUUUGAAGGAGGAAUGGCCCUCAACUACCGGUUACUUGGAGAGUGCCAUAAACGCCAUUCUAGUCGCUGGCGAUGACCUCAUGUCUUCAAGAGCUUUGCAGGAAGUGCUGUACUUAGCUCUUAUCGCGGGCAACUUCUUGAACGCGGGUGGAUAUGCGGGUGGCGCCGCGGGAGUCAAGUUGUCCUCGCUGCAGAAACUGCCCGACAUCAGGGCCAAUAAACCUGGAGUCACCCUCAUGCACUAUGUAGCGUCGCAAGCAGAACGCAAGAACAAAGAGUUGAUCCACUUUGCGGACGACACGCGGGUGCUCGAAGAAGCGGCGAAAGCUAGCGUGGAACAGCUACACAACGAGAUUAAGACUUUGGAGCAUCGGGUGGGCAUGAUGAAGAAGGAAAUCCAGCUGCCGGUGACCCAGGCGGAUAUUAAAGAACAGAUGGGAGACUUCUUGCAGGUGGCAGAACAAGAUGUAUCAGCGCUCAACAAAGACAUGGAAGAAGUGGAAAGCAUCAGGAAACAGCUCGCCGAGUUCUUCUGCGAAGACCCAGUCUCCUUUAAACUCGAGGAAUGCUUUAAGAUAUUCGUGGUGUUCUGCACGAAGUUCCGUGCAGCUGUAAGCGACAACGAACGAAGACGCGCCAACGAAGAGCAGGCGGCGGCGAGGAGACGAGCCCGAGACGUCGCCGCUGCCAAGAUCAAGACUUGUGGUUCGAGCGGUUCGGUGACUGAUAACGAGUCGUUGAUGGAGUCCCUGCUGCUGGAUAUCCGCAACGGUCUCGCCCGCCGCUCCACAAGACGCAACAACGACCUCUCGCCAUCGCCUGAUGUGACACCAACGGGCAGUCUGCGCCGACGCAGCAGGGCGAGUCCUGGAGACGACGAGGAAGGUCUGCUAGAGUUCUUGCGACACUCGUCUCCUGCUGCAGGGGAUCUGCGAGAGAGGAGCGCCUGGGGCAGCCUAGAUCGGUCGUGGUCGCGCCGCAGCGGUCGGCGCGAGCCGGACACUCCCCCCGCCCGCGCCGGGCCGCCGUCCCCCGCGCCGCUGGCGAGCGCCGCACAGCCGUCGCUCGCGCCCGCCGCGCCCGCCUCCCCCGCCUGCUCCGCCUCUCCCGCCUCUCCCGCGCCACAACCAGAAGCGCCCGCUAAGCCCAAGGAAUGGCGACAGAAGAUCGAGUCAUGGCUGAGAGCCAACAGCCAGGAAGAAAAGCGCGAAGCGGAGCUGCGCGAGCGAGCGAGACGGCUGCAGGCCAACCGGCGCUCCUUGGAAAACGAUUCCGAGAGCGAACGAAGCGCAACACUAGACACUCUGCCGGAGGGCCGCGCCGAGUGGAGGCCUGCCGUGCUCCCCGACACCGACGUCGUACGCGCCUUAGAGGCUGUCGAAGAUGUCCAACCCCACACGAAAGACAGAAUGCCGUGGAGGAAGACAGAAGAAAACGAAGAAAUGCGAAGGCUAAGAAGGCAGCGGUCAAGACAGCAAAUCGAGGUCCCACAACAACUCAUAUCCAUUAGCGAAGAGGAAAAACGAACCCUUCCUGACAUCACCGUCACCAGCGCGAGAGACAUCAAACCGGAGAAAGUGGAACGCAAUGACAGAAUAGAGAUAGACUCUGAUAACAUAGAAACUCCACCGGCACAAAGGAAGAUGUUUAACCCACCACCGGACAGAGAACCUUGCAGGAAAUUCCAGCCUUUAAUACCCACCAGAGUGAGCUUGAAUGAUAAAGCCUCGAUAGAAAUGAAGGAUCUUUGUCAGGAAAUUCUAGGAGAUGGACAGUUCGACAGAUUCUCAGCGGCCAGAAGAACGAGAAGGUAUAAGAGAACUCCUGAAACUAGUUCUCCUGAAGAAGAGAAGAAACCAGAACCAACAGAGGCAGUCGCAGAGACACAGGUUAUGAGGCCUUCAAAACUCGACGUGCAAGCUUCAUAUCCAGUGGAGACGCCACCUCAGACAAAAACAGUUGAAACGGUUAAAGAUGACAAGGAAAACAGGCUCAAACGCUGGCAAGAUAAGUUAAAGAACCAAAGCACAGAGAAGAUAGUAACCAAAGAAACCAAACCCUACUUGAGGUCAAGGCGGCAGACUUCAAUCAAUCAGGAGGAUGUCCAGAAAGCGAUUAGAGAACUCAAAUCACCGACUGAAAAUCCAACUGGAGUUUGGUCUAGGAAUGCUUAUAGGAAAUCCAUGAAUGCUAAGAUUGACAAAGUGCCUGAAAGAACUACGUCUCCAAGGAUAUCGAAGGUGAAAAGCGAACAUGAGCUGAAUGAUGAAGGGUUUGAAGAGACACAGAGCUUGAACUCAGAGAGCGCGUCGCAAGGAGCAUCAUCAGGUUGCAAUGUCGAAUGUGAUUCACCAGUUCCAAAAGUUCUGAAAUCCCCUGAAAUCCCAAAGAAAGUGCCAGCCAAAGAGUUAAAGGUCCCUCCGCGGACACCGAUUGACCCCAAACGCGCCGUUCCCCGACGGACCAACUCCCUUAGGGUUGAGAGAUCAACGUCUAGAACAUCUUUGAGGAGUUCACGAAGUUCUUUAAAUAGCUCAGCGUCUGUAGCCACGGUUAAGAAGGCACCAGCUCCAAUAGUCAAACCAACUCCGAAGCCGAUCCCCAAACCAGUGGUGCCUAGAAUGCCAGCAUCAAGAUCUUCAUCAAGUGGGAGCUCGGUUGGAGCCGCAAGGCCUCCGUUGAAGAACUUACCCAGGACAUCAGGGUUCAUGAGACCUACCCAAGCAUCGAAAGGGAGGGGUGGUCUCACUCCACAGCAAAUCGUCCGAGCCAGUGUGAAAUAGGUGCUAUUUGUUGGUAUAAUAUUGUUAUACAAUUUGAUUUGUCAGAUCGCUGAGUUAGACAAGUGACGUCACUGAUGCAGUCUGUCAAAAUGUAUACAGUAAAUGCUCUGUCUGUAUGAGUCAAUUGAAAUCGGUGCUAAGUCCAGUCGGACGAGAUUUUAGUAUGACGAAUCAGCUCUUUAUAAUGUUGUUUAUAGAAAAGAAAUUAAGUUUUUACCAAUAAUCACGAAGGAUAUGAAAAAUGACAUAUAUUUUUUACCUGACAAGCCAUAUUUUUUACUUUUGUAUGUUAAACGAAAAGGUUGUCAAUUACACAAAGCGAAGGUGCAUUUGGAUAUUAUUAUAAUUAUAAAGGGCUGAUGUAACCCAGUGAAUAAAUCAAGGGCCAGACAUCUAGGCAGUUAAUAAAAAUAUAUUCACGUAUUAACCAUUAAAAUUAAAAAAAAAUAUUAUUGGAAACUUCAGAUGCCAAUAGGUGCUAGAAUCUCAACGAAAAAUCUGAAGCUUUCAAUGACUUAUUUAGAUUAAGUCAUAUCACUUAGAUCUGUCUAUACGUAAAACCCGUACAUAUUUUUAUAUUAUUUAAUAAAAUUAUAUAUAAAACAAUUCGAAGUGCCACGAGUCAGUACGGGUAUUAUUUAAAUUUUAUAUAAGGCAACUAAAUUUCACGUGUCAGAAUCUAAUUAUUCUGACAUUUUUCAAUUGACUCCAAUGGUUUCUAAGAUUGAAAAGUUUUCCAUCACGCUUCAAUUAAAUACAUUCCGAUAUGCAACAAUGCAUUUAUUAAUUUUAAAAAAUCUUGGUGAACAAUCAAUCUAUUAGAUAUCGAUUGCACCAGCUGUCCUUAUAUUGCCUACUCGUUGAGAAUAGGUACAAAAGGGCUAGCGAAACCGAUGGAAUUCAAGUCAUUAUGGCUAAGAAAUUUGGAAAACAUUGUGAGUUAAUUGGAAAAUUCAGAAUAAUUAAAGACAAUGUGAUUUUCCAAGUCAGAAUCCCACAUUAAUUGGAGUCAUUAAUUUUUUGUAUUAUUUACUAAUGUAAUAUAUUUUUAAUAUUAAACAAAGACCAUAGUUAAUGAUCUGAUUUUUAUACGUAAAUGUAAGAUCUUUUUCAACUUGUCACAAAACACAAAGUAAGUUAAUGGAAUAAAAUUAUAUUGUGUAAGAUUUAACACCAAUGUCUUGUUGUAAGUGUUUAUUUACUAAACGAAAAUACAAUAAAAUUAUAUAUCUACGUAAA